ACUGGUAGGUCACCACUGAGCAUGCGCAGAUCUAUAGCAGGUUACACGAGUUUAUUUUCAGCCUUUCUCUUGAAGACGCGUUAUAUGAUGGUGUAAGCUCACCGCGGUCAAGCCUUGUGCGGAUACAACAAUGUUUUUCCUGGUCUCUUGGAGUUAAAACCUGAGUGGAGACGUCUCCGGAGCACCGGGGUUUGGAAUUUAGCGGUGACAUGUGAAAUGUUGCUGCGUGGUUUGUCGGUAUUUCCAGGCGGCAACGGACAGACCAAGCCAGGCUAGUUUAGCUAGCUGGAAGCCAAGCAGCUCGGCUAGCUAUCGUUAGCCUCUCCGCUGGCUGAGCCUUGUUGUAAAGUCGACGCAGCUCUGCUUGUAUGUAAGCCUCCGCUAAUAUCAUCUUCAGAUUGUCAAGUUUCACACCAGACUGCUGUUGCAAUACAACGACAGGGCGGCGGAGCAACUUAGCUAAUGUUAGCUACUUUCAUGCGCUGGACACCGCUGUUAGUGAAAGUGAGUGGUCCCUUAAACUAGCGAUAUCCACCGUUAUCCAAGCGAUAUCCAAGACCCGUUUUGAUAAUCUAGUCCGUUCAUAUUAACCAGCCUCAGUUAAAAUUGUGCUGAAAUGCAGCGCUGAUACAUGCUAUCUGUUAGCUAGGAGCUCACGUCGCACUACACAUAGCUGUUUUGGCUGACAUGGCAGCCAGCGGAUACUCUGACCUGAGGGAGAAGCUGAAAUCCAUGACUCCACACAGAGACGAGGAAAAAAAUAAAUACGUGGACGGGACGAGUAACGGCAGCGGAAAAGGUCGAAAGCGCAAGUUUCGAGAGUCCGACGACGAUGAGUAUGAGCACAGCGAUGACAACGCGGAGCUCCGGGAGCAGGAGGCCCGCCGGGUGAAGAGCAGCAUCCUGCAGAAGAGCAUCUUCACACCGGAGGAGUGCGCCCUCAUCGAGGAGAAGAUCGACGAGGUGGUCGUGCAAGGAGAGGCUGGACUUUACCGUGAGCAUACCGUGGACAGGGCACCUCUCCGCAACAAGUACUUCUUCGGGGAGGGGUACACGUAUGGAUCCCAGCUGGAGAAGCGUGGGCCGGGCCAGGAGAGGCUGUACCGCAAAGGAGAAGUGGAUGAGAUCCCGAGCUGGGUGCACGAGCUGGUGAUCAAGCGUCUGGUGUCCAGUGGAGUGAUCCCUGAAGGGUUUGUCAACAGUGCAGUCAUCAAUGAUUAUCAACCAGGUGGCUGCAUUGUGUCACAUGUAGAUCCUCUGCACAUCUUUGCAAGGCCCAUCGUCUCAGUGUCUUUCUUCAGUGACAGCGCGCUCUGCUUCGGCUGUCGCUUCCAGUUCAAACCCAUCCGGGUGUCAGAGCCAGUGUUUGUUCUGCCGGUGAACAGAGGGAGUGUCACAGUACUCAGUGGCUACGCUGCUGAUGACAUCACCCAUUGCAUCAGGCCCCAAGACAUCAAGGAGAGGCGUGCAGUUAUCAUCCUCAGAAAGACCAGACCUGAUGCUCCUCGAGUGGACUCUAACAGCCCUUUAAGGUCUUCUCCUGCAGAGAGACGCGCUCCUCUGAAAGCCAAACGCUCUCAUCGCAGAGCAGACCCUGAUGCUGCUCACAGGCCGAGAGUCCUAGAGAUGGACAAAGAGGAGAACAGACAUCCGUCAUUCUCACGUCACCGUCGUCACAGCAUCAGCUCAGAGAACUACUGGAAGCGUGGUCAAGACUCUCACAAACACCGGGAGAGUUCAGGACGCAAAGUCAAAAUGAGACGCCAUUGAGCACUUCGCUAUCACACAUGUACACAUAUAAAUAUACCCGCUCUUUUAUGUAUUUCAAUACUGUAACAUUCUUUGAUCAGUCAUCAUUUUCUCGCUCCUGUUUUAGUCUGGCACAAGGAGCACAGUCAUCAUGUUGUCUGCAUUUUGAUUUGAGUCUGGAUCAGUUUGAGUGCGUUAUUUGUUUCUGGCAGACGAAGCUGGCGUCUCUGCUACACAGUACAGAACCUCAAGUUACUUACUACAGUCAGGCUCUGUUGUUAAACUGUUCAAUUACCUUAAAUUAAACAUUACUUGUUUCUAUAAACAUAGAUACUUCAAAAUGGCAUGUAUUUUUUUGUAACCAAGAUGUACAGACCGCAAGAGCUAAAAGAAAGAUGUGUAUGUAUGGACUUGUACAAAAGAGAACCUGAGCUGUAAUCUAACUUGUUAUAAUGUACAAUACGUUUGUAUAGUCUUUGAUUGGGGAACUUUUAUGCAGAAAGAAAUCUUUGAUUUUUCGCACCUACAUUUCUGAUCCAUACCCCUUUACUGUGCCAUCCCAGAUCCUUGCUGUUUGUUCACGUCAGCCUCCCUGUCACAGUUUAAGUUAAAACAACUGGCAGAUGUGCUGCCAUGCUGUCUGUGUUUUGAUUUGAUUCAGCUGUUUGGCUAAUCCUGGUGGAGGUCACAGUAUGAUGCAUCAACUAAACUGAUGCUUUAUGGAGUGAUGAAAAACUCUGGCCUUGUUUUACACUCCUUUGUAUAGUGACAAAGGCCAUGUUAUUGCUUUUCUGUAUUAAAUCUAAUUUUUCCUCAUUUAAACUGGUCACAACUUAAUUUAAGAAAAAACAGCCUUAUGUCUCGUUUAGCUUGUGUCUAAACACAUGGCCGUGUAGAAACUCAAUUUCCAGAUGUAUUUGUCCUUGCGAUUUGCUGUGUAAACACAGAUACAUUUGUUUCUUGCUCCCAGUCAGCCAUAUUUGGCAGAGGUAAUUAUUAGUCUGGAGUUACACAUGAACAAAAAUAACCUUGGUUCAGAGGAGAAAUUACUUUCUAAAAACAGGAUGAGUUCAUGGUUUUCGGGAAGCUCCGCUACAGUUGUGAACUUGAACGUGAACAAGUAAUGGUUCAAAAUAAUAGUCCUCCUGAGGAAAAUACUGGAGCUCUUCAAACAAAGAAUGGGACACUGACUUUGUGGACACAGUGGUGGCACAUAAGGUGGUUUCAUGGGUUUCAGUGGUCAUAUUUGUUUUGGCUACAAAAGUGCUGGCUGAAUGAAAUAAAGCUGAAAUAGUCUCCACAGA